AUGGGGCUGCAUCACUUGGCGACAACCAGCGCCGGACUCCUGCUCGCAGGCGGCGGGAUGGCCUACUGGAAGGCGAAUUCGCUUCCUUCUUUGAUUGGCAGCGCUGCGCUGGCGACCUCUUUCCUGGGAAGCACCUACCUCUUCACGCAGACUGACCACAUUGGCGGGGCUGCGGUCCUUAGCACCGUGGGCGGGGCAGCCACCGCUGCGAUGGGCUACAAAAGGUACCUUGUGGCGACGAAGAAGACUGUGCCUGUCACGCUCAUGGUCAUCGGCGCCCUGAACGUCAUGUACUACGGCUACCAGGCGAUUCAGUUCAAGGGCAGCAUGUAA